UUAGCGAGCGUUACUAUGUUUAAACUAUUUAGCUGAAGAGCUUGAAAGCCGUCAUCCAAAAUAAAAUAGCCUCAAGCCAAUGAAUACUACGUCGUGGGCUGUAGUCAUCAGCCUUACCGGCUCUUGAUGUUGUAACAGGAUCCCACUCCCUCCCGUCCUCAUCCUUCAACCACUGCAUGGCUCCGCGGAGAUUUGAUAAGACAACCAGGACAGAGCUAUAAUUAUUCUAAGAAACGUAACACUUCUUCAAGGUUGUUGUCCCCAUAAUGUCUCCCCGUCAUUUUUAUCGAACGAGGGGCCCCACGAAGAGCGGCAAAGUCCUCCUGAUAAAUUGAAUCUUCUAUGGCUUCCUUAGCUAAUUCAGCGGCAUUGUUGCCCCCCUGUGCUAAACUCGCCUGUCUGAAUACCGCCAUAUCAAACUCAAAUUGCCCACCUACCGAUCAAGCUUGCAUUUACAGCACAGGAGCGAUCAAUAACAAUGCCACCUUGUGCAUUAAGGCCGCAUGCACUGUACGGGAAUUGCUAGUGGCUCAGAACGUGACCAACCGCCCUUGUGGGGUAGAACCAGCAGUAAAUUCCACUUAUGUACCUAUCAUGAUUGCCUUCAUCACUCUAGCUGCUGUCGCUGUGAGUCUGCAGCUUCUAGCUCGAGUAUUAACGGAUAUGCCUAUCUGGUGGGAUGACGGAGCAAACUGCACUUCCAUGGUCACCUGUAUUGCCUAUACAGUUACUAUGGUCCAACUCAAGAGUGGCGGUUUCGGCACCGAUAUAUGGGCCAUUCCAACAGAGAAUAUUACUAGCCAACUGAAAGGUUACUACAUCCUAGGCAUCCUCUACGUGGUUGCUUGUGUCUUAUUUCGAGCGUCCAUCAUACUCUACUACAUACGCGUCUUUCGAGGCUCCCAAUCUAAACAGCUAAUGUGGAAUACCCUUGUUGUCAAUUUUUUAAUAGGUCUUCCUUUUACGACCGUGUCGGUUUUCCGGUGUAGGCCCAUAUCCUAUGCUUGGCUGCAAUGGGACGGUCAACACACAGGUUAUUGUGUUAAUGAUAAGAUCUUUACGUGGCUAGGAUUUAUGAUACCCCUUGUAUUUGAUUUUUGGGUCUUAAUUGUUCCGUUACCAUCGAUAAUGAAACUACAACUCUCACUGAAACGAAAAAUCUUAAUAUUCAUUAUGUUCAGCACAGGACUCUCGUAAGAAAUGUCCUAAUACAAAAAACGAUUUAUUUUCUUUAGAUAGACUACAGACUAUUAUUGCUAGGGUUAUCGCAGUUACUAUAGACAAGCUCACAUUAAUAUCGAUAUACACUAGAAUCUCAAACCCUACAUUUGAUAAAGUGGAGAUGGGUAUGUUGGCAGCGAUCGAGAUAGAUCUAGGUGUUAUUUGCGCCUGCAUGCCAAGUAUACCUCCGUUAUUUCGAUUCCUCGUCAAUCGCUUCAAGAGGUCCGAAUACCAGAGCUCAGACUCGCGUAUUUAGGCCAAGUUAAUAACGCAACCCGGCUUCGUCGGUGGGUUAAGCGAUACAUUCUCUUCAUGUGCCUCGGGAGCAACAACAGUGGCUCAUAACACCGUCAGCAAAACGGCCGCUGAGAUCAAAG